UUGCAAGCGGGUGCGUCGCGUGCAGCUGCGGCGGCUUGGCAAAUAGCCAAGGUUGAGUCUUGCAGCGAAACGCCUGCUGGCCUGUUGCCAACGACGAAUGUUCGUCGCGGUGUUUGCACAGCGCCGUUGUCGACAGUAACCCAUCUAUUUUUAUUUUCGAGUUUUUCGCUGAAAAUGGCUCAAAUCGCUGAAAAUUAUCGAGAAUUUGUGAAACGUGUGUUGGGAGCAUGGAGUGGCUAUCAAUUAGCAUUGGAUAAUUGCUGUGGCGGUGAUGAAACUCGCGAAAAAUCACAGGUUCGCCAAAUCCCCCAAUAAUCCCCUAAAAAUCCCAUUUUUCAGUGGAUCAUCGAUGUGAUUGCCGAAUAUGUGAUAACUACACGUAAUUUGAAAGCUGAUGAGAUGGAAGAAUGGCUCACCAACAUUCUCUAUCACGAUUUCGACCUAAUUUUGGAAGAUGACAGCAUCUACCAAACCGCUUUCUUGUUAUUAGAAGCUUAUGGUUAUAUCAAAAAUGGAAAUGAAGCCGGGCUACAACAAUUGCUCUCAAGUGAGUAUUUUCAUAGAAAUAUCCUAGAAUUUUGAAGAAAAAUGAUUUUUAGAUCUUCCAAGCGACGAGGACAUCGCAAAAAUCAAAAAACAAAGUGUUCGUGGCGCUGAAGACGAAGAUAUGGAAAUGGAUGAUUUAGAGGAGGAUGAUGAUGAUAAUGAGGAGGAGGAAGCGGGCUCAAGUCAACGAGAAUAUGCUCCACGACGUGUUAAGGAAGUGGAUGAAGAUGGUUGGACCACAAUUACUCGGAGAUAG